GAAUCUCUGCGCAGCAGAAUCGUGUUGUUGGCGCUAUGCAGCUGUAUUCGGUUGAACGGAAAUGCUCUCAGGCAAUUGAGGGGCAUGCUGCAUCCUUUGCCACGUUCAAGAUGGAAAAGAAUCCGGAGCCGUCGGUUCUCUUUUGUUUUGCCGUACGCGCUGCUCAAGGUGGGAAGUUGUAUAUUAUUGAGGUUGGGACACCGCCAACGGGUAAUCAGGCAUUUGUGAAGAAGUCCGUGGAUGUUUUCUUCCCACCUGAGGCGCAAAAUGACUUCCCUGUGGCAAUGCAGGUGUCUGAUAAGUAUGACGUCAUCUACUUGAUCACAAAGUACGGUUAUAUCCAUUUGUAUGACAUUGAGACGGCCACGUGUAUCUAUAUGAAUCGCAUUUCGGCCGAAACAAUCUUCGUGACGGCACCGCAUGAGGCGAGCGGGGGGAUUAUUGGGGUGAAUAGGAAGGGACAGGUGUUGUCGGUGACUGUUGAGGAGGAUAACCUCAUCCCGUACAUCACGAAUACGCUGCAGAAUCCCGAUCUGGCCCUGAGAAUUGCCGUUCGGAAUAACUUAUCUGGGGCCGAAGAGUUGUUUGUGCACAAAUUCAACAAUCUCUUCCAGAAUGGGCACUAUGCCGAAGCAGCGAAGGUUGCUGCACUCGCCCCAAAGGGGAUCCUUCGUACUCCGCAGACAAUUCAGAGUUUCCAACAGGUCCAAACCCCGGCAGGAUCAACUUCGCCGCCCUUGCUGCAAUAUUUUGGGAUUUUGCUCGAUCAGGGAAAGCUCAAUAAGUACGAAUCUUUGGAGCUGUGUCGUCCGGUUUUGUUGCAGGGCAGGAAGCAGUUGUGUGAGAAGUGGUUGAAGGAGGAGAAGCUUGAAUGUAGCGAAGAGUUGGGAGAUUUAAUCAAGCCGACCGAUUUAACACUCGCUCUGUCCGUCUAUUUGCGUGCAAAUGUCCCCAAUAAAGUGAUUCAGUGUUUUGCGGAGACAGGGCAGUUUCAGAAGAUUGUCCUGUACGCCAAGAAGGUGAACUACACACCUGAUUACAUCUACUUGCUGCGUUCGGUGAUGCGAACAAACCCCGAACAGGGAGCAGGCUUUGCAGGGAUGUUGGUUGCUGAUGAAGAACCCUUGGCUGAUAUAAAUCAGAUUGUUGAUAUUUUCAUGGAGCAGAAUAUGGUGCAACAGUGUACGGCUUUCCUUUUGGAUGCACUGAAGCACAAUCGUCCCAAUGAGGGUCCACUGCAGACGCGUCUGCUUGAAAUGAACCUCAUGUCAGCACCCCAAGUUGCUGAUGCAAUUCUCGGGAAUGCCAUGUUCACGCACUACGAUCGGGCUCACAUUGCCCAGCUCUGUGAGAAGGCGGGACUCCUUCAGCGUGCCCUUGAGCACUACACGGAUCUUUACGACAUCAAACGCGCUGUCGUUCAUACGCAUCUCCUCAAUGCUGAUUGGUUGAUUAGCUUCUUCGGAACGCUUUCCGUUGAAGACUCCUUGGAAUGCCUGAAGGCCAUGCUAACGGCUAACAUUCGUCAAAACUUGCAGAUUUGCGUUCAAAUUGCAACAAAGUAUCACGAACAGUUGACAACUAAGGCCCUCAUUGAUCUCUUUGAGGGCUUCAAGAGCUACGAAGGGUUGUUCUACUUCCUCGGUUCCAUUGUGAACUUCAGUCAGGAUUCCGAAGUUCACUUUAAGUACAUUCAAGCAGCUUGCAAGACAACACAGAUUAAGGAAGUCGAACGUAUCUGUCGUGAGUCGAAUUGCUACAACCCGGAGCGCGUCAAGAACUUCCUGAAGGAAGCCAAGUUAACGGAUCAACUCCCCUUGAUUAUUGUCUGCGAUCGCUUUGACUUUGUUCACGAUCUCGUCCUCUAUCUCUACCGCAAUAAUUUGCAGAAGUACAUUGAGAUCUACGUGCAGAAGGUUAAUCCGUCGCGUUUGCCAGUUGUCGUUGGGGGACUCCUUGAUGUUGAUUGCUCUGAGGACAUUAUAAAGAAUUUGAUUCUCGUUGUGAAGGGACAAUUUUCAACGGAUGAACUCGUUGAGGAGGUGGAGAAGCGUAACAGGUUGAAACUCCUUCUGCCGUGGUUGGAGUCCCGUGUGCACGAAGGUUGCACUGAACCGGCAACGCACAAUGCUCUGGCUAAGAUCUACAUUGAUUCCAACAACAAUCCCGAACGUUUCUUGCGUGAGAAUCAAUUCUACGAUAGUCGCGUUGUUGGCCGGUACUGCGAGAAGCGUGAUCCACACUUGGCAUGCGUUGCGUACGAACGUGGACAGUGCGAUAGGGAGUUGAUUGCGGUGUGCAAUGAGAAUUCACUCUUCAAGUCCGAAGCAAGAUACCUUGUACGUCGUCGUGAUGCCGAAUUAUGGGCUGAAGUGCUCUCCGAGGCAAAUCCCUACAAGCGCCAGCUUAUUGAUCAAGUUGUUCAGACGGCAUUGAGUGAGACUCAGGAUCCCGAUGAUAUUUCCGUGACGGUUAAAGCCUUCAUGACGGCAGAUCUGCCGAAUGAAUUGAUUGAGCUGCUGGAGAAGAUUGUUCUUGAUUCGUCUGUCUUCUCGGAUCAUCGUAACUUGCAGAAUCUUCUCAUUUUGACGGCAAUUAAGGCCGAUAGGACACGCGUGAUGGACUACAUUAAUCGUCUUGACAACUACGAUGCUCCGGAUAUUGCAAACAUCGCGAUAAGUAAUCAACUGUAUGAGGAGGCCUUUGCAAUCUUCAAGAAGUUCGACGUCAAUACAUCAGCUAUUCAGGUUUUGAUUGAACAAGUUGAGAAUCUUGAGCGUGCCAAUGAAUUUGCAGAGCGUUGCAAUGAACCAGCUGUUUGGUCACAACUUGCUGGAGCUCAGCUGCAGAAGGGCCUUGUUAAGGAGGCCAUUGAUUCUUACAUUAAGGCCGAUGAUCCCAGUGCGUACAUGGAUGUGGUGGAGACUGCAAGUAAGAAUGAAUCCUGGGAUGAUCUUGUGCGUUACCUCCAAAUGGCACGCAAGAAGGCACGUGAGAGCUACAUUGAAAGUGAACUGAUCUACGCGUAUGCCCGUACAGGACGUCUAGCUGAUCUGGAGGAGUUCAUUUCAGGGCCCAAUCAUGCGGAUAUUCAGAAGAUUGGUGAUCGUUGCUUCAACGAUGGGAUGUACGAUGCAGCAAAGUUGCUCUACAACAACGUCAGCAACUUUGCACGCCUGGCUAUUACGCUUGUUCACUUGAAGGAGUUCCAAGGAGCUGUGGACAGUGCUCGUAAGGCUAAUUCAACGCGUACAUGGAAGGAAGUUUGCUUUGCAUGCGUCGAUGCACAGGAGUUCCGUUUGGCUCAAAUGUGUGGCCUUCACAUUGUUGUUCAUGCCGAUGAGCUUGAGGACUUGAUUAACUACUACCAGGAUCGUGGGCAUUUUGAGGAGUUGAUUGCCCUGCUUGAAGCAGCUCUUGGCCUUGAACGUGCCCACAUGGGAAUGUUUACAGAGCUCGCAAUUCUCUAUUCAAAAUACAAACCAAGCAAGAUGCGUGAGCAUCUGGAGUUGUUCUGGUCUCGCGUAAACAUCCCAAAAGUUCUCCGUGCUGCCGAACAGGCGCAUCUGUGGUCAGAGCUUGUCUUCUUGUACGAUAAGUAUGAGGAGUUUGACAAUGCCGUCCUGGCAAUGAUGUCCCAUCCAACGGAAGCAUGGCGAGAGGGUCACUUCAAGGAUAUCAUUACAAAAGUGGCAAACAUUGAGCUGUACUACAAAGCAAUUCAGUUCUACUUGGACUACAAGCCACUCCUACUGAACGACAUGCUCCUGGUGCUGGCACCACGAAUGGAUCACACACGCGCCGUGAAUUUCUUCACAAAAACAAAUCAUUUGCAACUGGUUAAGCCGUAUUUGCGUUCAGUGCAGAAUUUGAAUAAUAAAGCAAUCAAUGAGGCACUGAAUGGGUUGCUGAUUGAGGAGGAGGACUACCAAGGACUCAGGACGUCCAUUGAUGCCUUCGAUAAUUUUGACAACAUUGCCCUAGCGCAGAAGUUGGAGAAGCACGAAUUGACGGAAUUCAGACGUAUUGCUGCCUACCUCUACAAAGGCAACAAUCGUUGGAAGCAGAGUGUGGAGCUCUGCAAGAAGGACAGACUCUUUAAGGAUGCAAUGGAGUAUGCGGCUGAAUCGCAUCAGCAGGAAAUUGCUGAAGAGCUGCUUGGAUGGUUCCUGGACAGAGGCGCAUUCGAUUGUUUCGCCGCCUGCCUUUUCCAGUGCUACGACCUUCUACGACCCGACGUUAUCCUCGAAUUGGCAUGGAGACACAACAUUAUGGACUUUGCAAUGCCCUACUUGAUCCAGGUGAUCCGUGAGUACACAUCGAAGGUGGAAAAGUUGGAGCUGAAUGAGGCACAGCGACAGCAGGAGGGUGAACAGGCGGAGCACAAGUCGAUGAUUCUGCCGGAGCCGCAGCUGAUGUUGACCGCCGGCCCGGGGAUGGGGGUGCCGCCGCAGUACGCUCAGGCGUACGGCGUGCCUGGAUAUGCGCCCAAUAUGCCGUACCAGGGGUACAGCAUGUAGGGCGGCGAGAGCAUCCUCCUCGGGGGCCUCGCGAGCCCCACGCAGCAUUUAGUGAAACUCGUUACACUAAGCUUUGACAUAGUUAGAUCCAUCUUGAGCCGUACAAUUCGCAUGUAGAGACCCCACAAUUUCUCUUUUUUUUUUGUAUUUUUUUGUUCUCUCCUUACGCGCAAUCCCCCUCCCCCCUCCCGUUUAAUUUCUUGCCCUGUUUACUUCACUAUCCCUUCCUCCCCCGCACACGCUUCAAGUCUCAUUGACAGCCCCAAAGUUGGUUGUCUGUUAGAUGUGUGUACAUACAAACAAAACAAACAAACAUUAAAGAAAAUACAACAAGCAUAUAGAUGAUGAAAUUAUACAUAAAAAAAAUUAAAAAAUAAAUAAAUAAAUAUAUUAUUAAAAAAAAAGAAAAAUCAAUGUAAGGAUUUAGUUAGGGGAUGGCAAAUGGAAAGAAAUAAGUCCUUAAUUCUUAAUGAUAGAAAGAGAAAUUGAGAGAAAUCAUAAAAUUCAUUGACGCACUGAGAGUUUAACUUAAAGAGAAACAAAAUUGUAGAGAACAAAAUUCAGAUCGAAAAUUAGUUUAUUAAAAAAAAAAAAAUCAGAGCUAAAUAUUAUUAAAAACAAAUUAUAUAUUUUGUUUUUUUUUUUCAAGUUAAAAAGGAAAAUAUUAAACAAAAAAUUUUAUGGGGAAGCGAAAAACAAAGAUGGAAAACUAGGAAAGAGAAAAACGGGAAAAAAAUACUUUCAGUAUUUAUAAAGAAAAAAGAAACAAGAUUUUGAUGGAAUGAGAAAGGAUUUUUUUUGUGUAAUAUUUACUUAUAUAUAAAUUGCAAAAGGUUUAAAAGAGUAAAAAAAAAAAAAGUAAAUUUCUAAUAAAAAGAAAAAUAUAUAUUAAAAAUUAAUCUUAAAAAUAAAAUAUUUUGCCUAUAAGCAUAAAUAAAAAAAAUGAUGAAAAAGUAGAAAGUAUAAAUUAAUAGUUAAGUAAAAUAUUUAGCAUUCCUUUUAAAAACAAAGCAAAGUAAAAAUAAACUUGAUUUGCCCCCUCUUUUGUUGUUAAUGCUCUUUAUUUUUAUUUUCAUUAAACUAUUAUUCUAUUAUUUCUCUUUAUUUGUUUAUUUUUUUUUAAUAAAUAGAAAACUUUAACAAGAACACUAAUCAUUGAUUUUUUUUUCAGAAGUUUUCCAAUUUAUUGCAAAGAUGGUGAUGAAAGAAAUUGAGAAAAUUGAAAAAAAGAUAUUCUGCCGUUUUCUCAUUGAAUUCGGUGUAAUUGGUAAGUCAGCGGUGGCCGUAAGAAUUCACGUAACGUUAGAAAAAAAACGAAUAAAAAGAUUUCUUUUGAAAAUAUUUUUAAAUGACUUUCUUGAAGAAUUUUUACGUAGAUAUGAAAAGACUUCUUUUAGUAUUGAAGAAUUUAUUGAAUAAAUUUUGAACAAACAAGGAAAUUAAUCCUUGAUUUAGAAUAAUUAAUUCGAGCCUAUUUAUUACUUUUUUAUUAGAAGUUUUAAAAAGAAUUUUUUAAAGUAUUUAUUUUUGAGAAUUUAGUGAUUUUUUUUAAUCAAGAAAACGUCCUUAAAAAAAAGUAAAAAAAAACCUAAAUGAUCAUUUUAUAGAAAUAAAAGAUUUUUCCUUGUAGACCAGUGAAUGUUAAUCUGCUCAGGCGUGAGAUUCUUAUUUAUUUAGAAGAAUUUGAAAUUCUUUUUUGUCUUUCAUUUUAACCCGAAAAAGAACUUUCCUAAAAUUUAUUUUGAUAAAAAUCCUUUCAAAAAUGUUUUUGAAAACUUGAAUAAAAUUGAAAUAAAAAAGAAUUUUAAGUAAAAAAUAUUUAAUAAAAUUAAACAUAAAUUUAUUUCUUCUGAAUUUAGGAAGUCAGUAAGUUCCUAAACAAAAGGAAUAGAAAACCAAUGAACUGAUUAAAGAAAUUUUAUUUAAUUUUACAAAAAAAAAAGUUUUUAUAAAAAUCAAUUAAUUUAAUAAUAAUAAAUUAAAAAUAUUCAUUUUACCAUCUUUGCGAUAAAAUUGAAAACUUUCUUCAUUUCAGCCAAAAUAGAAGAAAAUGAAAAGAAAAACCUCCACACAGUUUUAAGCAUGAAUCAAGUGAGAAAGGAAAGAAAGAAAGAAACGAAGAGAGAGCGAGUAUAGUUUUUAGAACAAGAAAAAAAUAAACAAUAAAAAUAAAAUUAACACAUGAAAACAUUUUUCUUUUCAAAUUACAUAAGAAAGUAAAUAGAAUGGUAAAAAAAACUAAAAAAAAUGAAAACGAAACGAAUUCAACAUUAAUGGGAAAAUUAAAAAAAAGAAGAAUCAUAAAUAUUGUAAAAGAAGAAAUCUUUAAGGAAAAAAAAAUUACGAUGAAAAGCAAGAAAAUAUUUUGAUUGUUGAUAAUUUAACUCCUGAUAAUAAAUACAUAUAUUAUUAUUAUAUAAAUAUAUAUAUACUUGAGUUAUAUUAAAAGUAAGAAUAAAAAAAUAUUUAAAAUGA